CAGCCAGCUCUCUGCUAUAAGCCUCUUUGCAGCUUUCUCUCUCAAUCUCUCUCUGCGCGUCCCUGUAACCGAGCAGUGAAAAUUCACAUUGGGGAUCUGCUAACAGGCACAGAUGUCAUGUGAAAACGCACAUGCUCUGCCGUGCACACAGCCCUCCUUUCUUUCUUUUUUUUUCUGUUCCUUUUUUUUUAAAUAGAAACUCCCUUCGCCCCCCAUCCCCCCCCUUGUAACUAACAAACCAACAACAACCAUUGCUCCUGCUCCUCCUCUGUCCAAGUAAUCAGAAAAGAAAUCUUUUGGAGCUGCUGGUGGUAUUUCCGAGCAAAUACAGAGGGGGGGUGGCGCGGAAAAAGAAACACGCACAAUCCGGACAAGUCUUUCUUUCAUUCGGUUUACACACACGCACACACGCACACACACACACACACUACUUUAAAAAUAACAACCUUGGAGGAAUGAUUUUCCCAGCAGAACAGAUCUACUUCGGUUGCAGCCUUUAUUCUUGCUGAGAGGGGAUUUUUGUGAUACCAGGUCCAAGCUGUUAGCUUCAUGACUGCGCUGAGCAGGGAAUCGCCAACACCAUGCGAGCACAAAUCGAAGUGAUACCAUGCAAAAUUUGUGGAGAUAAGUCCUCUGGAAUACACUAUGGAGUCAUCACAUGUGAAGGCUGCAAGGGUUUCUUUAGGAGGAGUCAGCAGAACAAUGCCUCUUACUCAUGCCCCAGGCAGAGAAACUGUUUAAUUGACAGAACCAACAGAAAUCGUUGCCAACACUGCCGACUGCAGAAGUGUCUUGCCCUAGGAAUGUCUAGAGAUGCUGUGAAAUUUGGAAGAAUGUCCAAAAAGCAGAGGGACAGCCUGUAUGCUGAAGUACAGAAGCACCAGCAGCGGUUACAGGAGCAACGGCAGCAGCAGAGUGGUGAGGCAGAAGCCCUUGCCCGGGUAUACAGCAGCAGCAUCAGUAAUGGCCUGAGCAACUUGAACAACGAAACUGGUGGCACUUACUCGAAUGGGCACGUCAUUGACCUGCCAAAGUCGGAGGGUUAUUAUAAUGUCGAUUCUGCCCAGCCCUCCCCAGAUCAGUCUGGGUUAGACAUGACUGGAAUCAAACAGAUAAAGCAGGAACCUAUCUAUGACCUCACUUCUGUACCAAACUUGUUUACCUAUAGCUCUUUCAACAAUGGGCAGUUAGCUCCGGGGAUAACCAUGGCCGAAAUAGAUCGAAUUGCACAGAAUAUCAUUAAGUCCCAUUUGGAGACAUGUCAAUAUACAAUGGAUGAAUUACACCAGCUAGCAUGGCAGACGCAUACGUAUGAAGAAAUUAAAGUAUACCAGAACAAGACAAGAGAAGCGUUGUGGCAGCAGUGUGCCAUCCAGAUUACUCAUGCUAUUCAAUAUGUUGUGGAGUUUGCAAAGCGGAUAACAGGCUUCAUGGAGCUCUGUCAAAAUGAUCAAAUUCUACUCCUUAAAUCAGGCUGCUUGGAAGUGGUUUUGGUGAGAAUGUGCCGUGCCUUCAACCCACUCAACAACACUGUUCUGUUUGAAGGAAAGUAUGGAGGAAUGCAAAUGUUCAAAGCUUUGGGUUCUGAUGAUCUGGUGAAUGAAGCGUUUGACUUUGCAAAGAAUUUAUGUUCCUUACAGCUGACUGAGGAAGAGAUUGCCUUGUUUUCGUCUGCUGUUCUGAUAUCACCAGAUCGAGCCUGGCUAAUAGAACCAAGAAAGGUCCAGAAACUUCAGGAAAAGAUUUAUUUUGCACUUCAACAUGUGAUUCAGAAGAACCAUCUUGAUGAUGAGACCUUGGCAAAGUUAGUAGCCAAGAUACCAACCAUUACUGCACUUUGCAACUUGCAUGGAGAGAAACUGCAGGUAUUUAAGCAAUCUCAUCCAGAUAUAGUGAAUACACUGUUUCCUCCAUUAUACAAGGAGCUUUUCAAUCCAGACUCUACCACUGGCUGCAAAUGAAGGGGAAGAUAGAAUUGUCACAUAGUCAUGGAAUGCAUCACUGUUAAGACAAAAGAAAUGUUUUCAUGAAGACUUAUUAAAAAUGUCACUACUGCAACACUAGGAAUGUCCUGCACUUAAUAGAAUUAUUUUUCACCGCUACAGUUUGAAGAAUGUAAAUAUGCACCUCUGAGUGGGGCUCUUUUAUUCUUGUCUUUCUUUUACUUCUUUUUUUUUUUAACAGACCAUAAAUAUACAAAUAUAGGACACUGGGUGUUACCUUUUUUAUUUUAUUGGGGUAUGUUUUGGGAGACAACUGUUCAUAGAAUUUUAUUGUAGAUAUAAAUGAGAAUAGAGCAGUACUUUGCAGUAUUACUCUUGCUGUUUAUUGUUCAAAUAUAAUUUAAGAAAAUUCCACUUAUUAGACUUGCCUAUUUCUAUGUUUUAGAUAGUUUAAUGCAUGUGGAAAUUUAUAGCUGUCUUGGAAAUUGUUGUGCAUAUAUGAAAUUAUAUAUUCAUAUAUAAUUUCAUAUAAAAUAUGCACAUACUGUAGCUUAAAAAUCCCAUGCCUACUUUCAAAGGAUGCUCCAUCAGGCUCUCCUGCAUUUUUUACACUCCAACUCAUAUAUUAGAUUUAUUCUGGGCAAUCAGGAUUUUGCUCUGUGAGGCGGAGUGAAAUCCUCACUCACCAAUGUGUAAUGACAGAAUGGUAUCACUUCUGAGAAACUUGUCAUAUAGAGUGCAUAGGCAGUAUGCAGUCUGUAAAUCAAACAUUAAGAUUGUGUCAGUGAUGGAAAAGCCUUGUCUGGAUGGUUCAAAUGGACAGAGGAAAAGUUAUUUGGAAUUUUCUCCCUGUUACAGGAAUAAAGCAUAUAUAAAAAUGAACAUAAGAGGACGGCAUGCCAGUAAAGUACCUAUAACAGAGAGUAAACAUUUAUCCCAAACAGAACAUUUUUGUGAAAGAGCAAAACAUAUUUUAUUAAUGCUUCUUAGAGAACUAGAUACUAGGCCCAUCUUCUACCCCUGGACUUAAGUUGAACCAAGAGAGGGCCCAAUACAUAGCUUUGAAGAGUAAAAAUGUGAUGUGGUGAUCCUGGUAGUGGUGGCAGGAAAGACAGUGGCCAGGUGAACCACAGUAAGCUGUUGUAUGACAAUGGAGGAUUUCCAUUUCCUGUAAGUAUGUUGCUAUUAGAGCUUCAGGCUAGGCCAGGGAAUUGAAUUCAAAAUAGAGGUAGCAGCCUGGGUAGCAGCAUUCAAAUGCAAAUGUGAAUCUGUCCCAGAUCAUUCUCCCAGACCUGAGAGUGUUCUAAUCCAGGGUUGUAUUCAUGCCUUUUUGUGUUGCUGAUCCUGGGCAGAGGGAAGUGGGAGAGCAGGCCAAGCUGAAAAAGCAGUAAUGAAUAAUGUGUUUGUUUCUCCAAGAUCCACACCCAGUAGACCUUCCACCUGUGAGAAGAGAAGGGAUUCUCCCACCAUAUCAUACUUCCUGCUGUCCCCUUAUCUUGUGGAGGCUUCUCCAUAAGUUCAGGCACCUGAGCAUGGGCAACUGGCAAAAAGAGAGAAUUUGGGGCAGGAGAGAAGGGAUCACUUCCUCCCCCAUCUCCACCAUCCACCUAGAAAUUAAUGCAACCUGAGUCAUUCAGCACCAUAAACUGUCCCAUGCAGGGAUUUCUGCAGCCCUGUCAGUAUGGCUCCACAAAUAGGGAGGUGGAGGAGACUCCCUGAGACCCCCACAGCUGAGGUGGAAGUGCAUGGAUUGCCCUAAGCCUCUGGCCCAUUUCCAGGAGUCUGCAGGGAUCUGGCCUGAAUCUCCUCCUCAUCACAGCUUCCUGUGGAUUCUUUGAUAAGAUGUCAGGGUUGGCCCCUGAGGAAGGAUAAGGGAAUUUUAUGGAGUUUUCCUUUCCCCCAGCUGGAUACUCUUCUGUUGUAUUGGCAUGGAAGGGGCCUAACUGGGCAAAGUUAAAAAUUGUUUGCCUCUCCAGCUCAUUUUCUUUAGUAAUCACAGACAAGAUAAAACAUCAAUACAUUUGAAAAGCCUCCAUUAUGCAUGUAAGUCAUAGGUUUAUAUUAGAUAAUUUUUUUGACUGGCCUGUCUCUAAUCUCAAAAAAUGUGCAAGCUGAAAUAGUUCACCUUGGAAAUUAUUUAUUUUCAAUCAGAUGGUGCUUGCGAAAGUACUUUGUACUGUGCAUCUAUUUCUGUAAUUACUUGUUUUCUAAACCAGGGCCAUGUUCACUGAUAUUUACUAAUUACACUGAAAAUGUCCUCAAUUAAAAUAACAAAUAAAAUUUGCACUUCUAUAGCAACUUCCAUCUCAACACAACUAAUUAAUACUGCUUUAGCCCUACAAUAUCCAUGUAUGGUGAUAAUGUAUUUAUAUUCCCAUUUUAUAAAGGAGGAUGGUGAAGCUCAAGACGGCUAUGGGCCUAACCCUAAAUCUCUAAAGAGAGAGUUUUAUUUGACUUCACUUGGAGCAAAAUCUUGAGCUAACAUGUGACUUGCUCAAAGUCAUGCAGAACAUCUGUGGCAGAAUCAUUACUAGUUUCUUCCUUCAUAUUAUUAUCUAAAGUCCUGAUUAUCCAAAUUAACUCGGUGCCUCCCCUCUCCAUGACAGUCAGAUAAUCCAGGUAUGCAAAUAUGUUACAGUAAGAAAAAUAUAUGUUGAUACAGCUAAAAAUAAAAGUACCCAUCAAGUCAGAGUGUAGCUCAGAAGAGAAUAUGUAUACAGUUAUUCCCCUGCUUGUCUUUGAAGGGGUUCAGCUACCUGUGCUUAAAAAAGUGUUUGUUUCAGUGUUAUUGUGACCAGACGUAAUAUACAUAGCAGAGACCCAAAGAGUAUAUGAUUAAAUAUAAUUGUUCUUUUUCUGUUUUUUUGGUAAAUAAUGAGGUUUUGUAAUGUGGAUAAUGAAUAGUCCUUCAUUACUUUGUGUUGCUUCAUGAAAAGUUUUUCAAUUCCUUUCCUUUCAUAAAACAAAACAAAUAUCUUUGGGAAUUUUAUCCCUUGUGCUCUCAUUAACUGGACAUAGACACAAAAUAUUUGACUCAGCCU